AUGGUGCUCAAGAUGGCGGAUCUCGACUCUGGUCUGGGAGACCGUGACGUGAAGCAAGCGUUUUCGCAGCUCGCCCAGGCCAACGGUAUGGCCGAUGAAGAUGACCCACGACCGGAAGAGGAGGUGAAGGGCGCUGGCAAGCCGCCGGAGCACCCAGUGCUCCUCUGGUUGCACGUGGGAUGCCAUGCUGUGCCAGGGUCGCCAGGCAAGCAGAGCUUGGAUAUGCAAGCUGCGAAUGGAGAGGCUCCACCUGCACCUAUUGAGGAGGGCAGCUUGGUGAAACAUGCUUUGUAUGGCAAUGGAGUGCAGGACCCCUUGAACGACAUGGUGGCAGCACACCACGCACCCAGGAGCCUUUCAGGACUGGCGCGGGAGGAAGAUGAACAUGGCGACGAGAGGGAAUUCACCGAGUGCAUCGCUGCAUGGCAGGAGACUGGAGGUCGCACCUUCCCGGACUUCGGCCGCAUUGCGCGGGUGCCCACUUUGCUUCGGUCUCUCGAAGUCCAGGACAUUCACAUCGGUCUCAGGAUGUUGAGGUACGUGGUGAACUGAAUGCCACUUGUCACUAGUCCAGCUGAUGAAGCUGAGAAAGAUUCGAUGCCUUUGCUUGAGCAACAACUGUCUCUCAGUUUGAGCAGAAACUGCAUUGGCGGACUUGUUGGGCUAUGGGAUAGACCAAACCAGGCAGACUGCCCUGUUCGAAUCCAGG